AUUCCUCUCAUCAUCACUAUGUCUAUAUGUUUUUGCUUUUCUUUUAUCAAUAAUUUGUUUAUUAUAAAAUAUCGUUAGCAAUGUAUUAGAUGUUUAUAUAUAUAUGUAUAUUUUAUUUUCUAUAUUUGUUUGAUUCCUCUAUUCUUCAUGGUCGAUUUCCUGAUGCGGUCUUACUUUUCUGUACGAUUAUUAUUAUAAUAUAAAAUUUUGUCUUGUUCUUCCUUUAAUGUCACGCAAGCUACAAAUUCUAUGUUUACUCCGAAUUAAUAUAAUAUGUCCUGAAUUAACAAUGCUUCUUAUUUAAUCAUUUUGUGUUAAAAAAGUCUAAUUUUGUCCUCCUCUGUGAUAUUUUUGAAGGGUUCUCAAUUUUCUCAAUCUGAAUAUCAUCAUCUGUUGGAGAAGUAAGUUUCGUCAGAGAUUUUAGGAAAAACUUUGUUAUGCAAGUAAAGAAUAGUAUAAUCAGAGCCCAUGAUAAGGCUUGAAAAUGGGGUCCUUGCACAUGGAAAAGAAGUGGUUAUUUCCUCUAGCUAUAAGUUCUGUGGUAGCCAUAGUACUCUUGGCCACUACCUUGAACAUGGGUCUUGUCUCUACCUUACCUUCAAUCAAUACCAUUCUUUCAAUCUUCCCAUCUCGAUUAACCUCAAAUGAAACAAGUCCGGUGUUUGCCGAGUCAAAGCUUACCCAAUAUCCUCCCCCUCCUGCUAUUGUAACUCCAAAAUUUGCCUAUCUGAUUUCUGGCUCCAAAGGUGAUUUAGAAAAGCUUUGGAGAACUCUUAAGGCUAGUUACCAUCCUUUGAACCAAUAUGUUCUUCAUUUGGACCUUGAGGCGCCGGCCGAGGAGAGGCUUCAGCUUGCUUCAAGGGUCGAGAAUGAGACUCUUUUUGCUGAAAUUGGUAAUGUUCAUGUCGUUACCAAAGCAAAUAUGGUAACUUAUAGAGGACCUACUAUGGUAGCUAAUACACUUCAUGCCUGUGCUAUUCUUCUCAAGAGGAGUAAGGAUUGGGAUUGGUUUAUCAAUCUUAGUGCUUCGGAUUAUCCCCUAGUGACUCAAGAUGACCUUCUUUCCACUUUUUCAUAUUUGGAUCGAAAUCUGAAUUUCAUUGAGCAUACAAGCCAGCUUGGUUGGAAGGAGGAUAAACGAGCAAUGCCAUUGAUUAUAGAUCCCGGUCUCUAUUUGUCAACCAAAAAAGAUAUAUUUUGGGUCGCACCAAGGCGGACAUUGCCAUCGGCAUUUAAACUAUUUACUGGGUCAGCAUGGAUGGUCCUAUCGCGUUCGUUCGUGGAGUACUGUAUUUGGGGUUGGGACAAUCUACCAAGGACUCUUCUUAUGUACUACACAAACUUUGUUUCUUCUCCAGAAGGCUAUUUUCAGACUGUUAUAUGCAAUGAGCCAGAGUAUGCUAAGACUGCAGUUAACCAUGACUUGCACUACAUUGCUUGGGAUAUGCCUCCCAAGCAACAUCCCCACACUCUCACAAUCAAUGACACCACCAAGAUGAUUACUAGCAACGCCGCUUUUGCUCGAAAAUUCAAACAAGAUGAUACUGCACUUGAUAAGAUUGAUAAGGAUUUGCUUGGUCGGAAGAAAGAAGGCUUCACUCCUGGCGGUUGGUGUGCCGGUAGUCCUAAAUGCUCUAAGGUUGGUAACCCAAAUAAGCUGAAACCAGGCCCUGGAGCUCAGAGACUUCACCAACUUGUAGCUAAGCUAGUUGUGGCAGCUAAGUAUGGUCAGAAUCAAUGUACAUAGACUUCAUUAAAGAUUCUUACUUGAAGAUGGAAAAAAAUAAUGAGAGAGGAAAGAAGAGCAAAAUGGUUUUUGAGAAUUUUUUUUUUUUUUUUUUAAUAUUAGUUAUAUUUUAGUAUCAGAAAUUAACAUUAUUCUGAACAAAAUUAUGAUUUUCACGAUUUUUUAUUCUUUUGGUAGAUUUUGUCUUUAGUUCUUUGGUAAAUGAGUAUAAUAUUUUAGUGGUAA